AUGGUCGUAAUCGCCUCAAUCAGCGGCAACAAUUUUAUCGGAGAUGACGGCAAUAGUGGAAGUUGUUAUAGGGCAUCAACUGGUGGUGGUAGUGCAAGUUCUGAAGCGCCAGACUUUUUGACUGACGGCAAUGAACAAAUGGGAAUUGACUGUUAUGGAAUGGACAGAGAUGUGUUAAACGACUUCGCAAAGUAUUACAAUAAUGCUCAUCUGAGUGAUCUAACAUUGGUUGUUGGGGAGGAAAUUUAUCCCGCACAUCGGCUUAUUCUCUGCAGAAGCAGCGAAGUUUUUGACAGAAUGCUCAGCCAGAAAUGGCAUGGCGAAAAACGGGAAAUUGAAUUGACAGAAGAACCUCAAUGUCAAGCUGUUUUUGGCCAAUUUUUGCGUUUUCAAUAUUGCAACCAUGUUGUUUUAAAUUCAGAAAAUGCCUUGCCUAUUUUAAUAUUGGCUGAUAAAUAUAAUGUUACGUGUCUUAAAAAAGUAACUAAAUUUAUAAAAGAUUAUAUAAGCAUUUUCCCAAAGAUUUGUAUUGAAUUCGCCAUUAAAUAUGUAUUACCUGAUAUGAAGUUGAAAGAACUUUUCCAUUUUUGGUUUAAUUAUUCAACAAAAGCUUUUCACCAGUCAUUGAUCAAAGUUUGUAUUGAAAUUCUUGCCAAAGAGUUCAAGCAGUUAAUGACCAGUGCUGAAUGGGAAAGGGAGUGGCUGGAUUUGGACAGGGACCAGCUUGUUGAGUUUUUGAGAUCAAACGAACUUGUUGUUCCAAAUGAAUAUUUUGUUUGGGAGAGCGUUCUUAAAUGGGUAUUACUUUAA